CCAAGCGCCGUUCAACAACGAGGCACACGAAUUUAAAAAAAAAAAUAUAUAUAUAUAUGAUGAAGAAAUUUCUCAUUUUGGUCGUCGCUUGCACAUUGGGCGUCGCACGAGCGGACGUGUCGCAUCUGAAUUUGCCCACCACUCCCGUGCCACAUGCACACGCGAGUCCCUAUGUGUUUAGCUAUCAGGCGGGACGCGCACCUGGUCAUGUCGAUCACCAGCAUACGGAGGUCUCCGAUGGCUCCGGGGUUAUACGCGGCGCCUUCUCCUAUGUGGAUCCCAGCCAUCAGGUGCGCACCGUGCAAUACGUAGCCGACGAGAAUGGCUUCCAUCCGCAGCUGAGUCAUAAGUUGGAAGACAGCGAAGCCGUCAAGGCAGCCAAACAACGGCACUUUGCGGACUACAAUCGUAUUGCGCAAGAGCACGCCAGUCAACACACACACGGCCAAGCGUCGCACAUUGCAGCCGCUCCCCAAGGCAGCGCUGCUGUUAUUCAUGCAACGCAAAAACACUUGAAUGCCUUUGAUCGCAUCGCUGCGGAGCAUGCAGCAAUUGGGCGACAACAGGAGGCACAACGCUUGGCGCUGGCGGCACAAUCGGACCACAGUGAGAUCGAUAAUGGACAGUAUCGUCCAUAGUUUGUACUUCUAAUGAUGUGAAUUUAAUAAAUUGUAAUUACGAGA